UAGUUUUGCGGUUUGGCUUCAACAUUUUUGUCAAAGUUUUAAGGCGACAUGAACGUCCACACUGCUGAACGUCGUCAUGGUGUGCCACAUAACAAACAGUAGGCGUUACAGAAGUACAUGGGAUGGAUUCACCCUCAAAAAACAUGUACGACGCUUUUAAAGAUGAAAUCUGGAAAGAACUGGAACCACUGGACCCAAACUGGUUCGAUGUACUGACAGCUCAAACGUCUGCUAACGAGGAAAAUGUCUCUGAUCAAGAUGAGCUGUGUGCUAAUCAAGAGGGAAAUUUUAAAACACCUUUACGCAAACCUGAAGUCGACAGUCAGCUGUUCUCAACCCCCAAAGUUUUCAGACACAGGCCAUCUUUGUCACCUGAAACUGAGGAUGAGCAGUCGUUCACUACUGAACAAGAAAAAGGAGCAUUGCCAUGGACAACAACACAAAGUCCAUGUUUAUUUCGGAUGUCAGAACAAGGCAUCUCGGAUGUGAAAUAUGGAGGUAUCCAGCCUCAGAGUCUGGACAGUUUUGAUCUGCUUCAUACCCCACACAAAUCUCCAGCCAGCUAUGCCAAGCAUAUUUCUGAAAGUCUUGGUGCACAGAUCAAUCCUGAUAUUUCAUGGACGAGCUCUUUUAAUACCCCACCAGCAGUGCCAUCCACCCUGAUUUUAUCUAAAGCUGAUGAGAGUUCCUGUCCGGUUAGUGUUUCUACAGACAACACUGUCAUUUUUGUACGGAAGCUUUUUCCUUCUCUUUCAAAUGUAUCCACAGUUGGGGUGGCACCACCUAAAAACAAUGACAUGCCUGCUGUUGACCAAGGUGGUGUUUCGCCUGAGGCUAGCUCCCAUGACUCCCCCCAGACUUCACUGAACCAGAGUGAGAGUGUUUGGCGACAGAAGCUUCCGGAUGCAAUUGAAGAUGGAGAAAUUCGCACCACAGUAGCAAGUGUUCUCGAUGGAGCUGAAAAUGUUCUCUCCAUUUUCUUCACAAACAGUAGUUCAGCACUGAGAAAAAACAACCGAAGAGUGGCUCUGAUUCUGGCCAGCCUUUCAGGGCACCUAUAA